UAGCCCGAUAUGGGUCUUUUUUAUUAGUCACUAUUUCGUAGCAGAGGGAUGCCGUCCUUCUCUCUUAUUAGGGCACCCUUCUCUCUCUCUCUCUCAAAUUCCUCGGAAUCGCCUUCAAUGGUGACCACCAAAACCUAAAAAGGGAUCUGGAUGAAAUUUAGAUCCACGAGGAGACAGAGUCGAGUAUUAUAUUGAAGGUUUUUCCUUUCUUUCAAAUCUGUGAUCCAGUGAUAUUUACUUUGAAUUUUCAGGGAUUUUGAAGUGGAUUUAGGGUUUGGUUAGAUCCGACUUUGAUUCCAUAAUGGAGUCUAUGGAGGUGAAGAAAAGGGGUAGAGGUAGACCGAGAAAGCGGAAGCCAAACGAGGAAGAAAGUGAAGAGAUGAAAUCAAUAGCUAAUGCUUUGAAAAAGCAAGCUUUGGAUAUUAGAUGGAAGCCAUUAGUGGGUAGGUAUGUGUUGAAAGAGUUUGACAGUGGGAUUUUUUUGGGGAAGAUAGUGAAUUAUGAUACUGGGUUGUAUAGGGUGGAUUAUGAGGAUGGGGACUGCGAGGAUUUAGAGAGUGGUGAGUUGCGUCAGAUAUUGUUAGGGGAUGAUGAUUUUGAUGAUGAAUUGUUUUUUAGGAGGGUCAAGCUAGAUGAAUUUGUUUUGCAAAAGAGUGAGAAGAGGAAGAAGGAAGCGGAGAAGGAUGUGGUGGAUUUGAAAACGGAGGUGAUUAAGGUUGAACCAUCGGUGAGUGUUGCGUUGAUGGUUGAGAAUGGUGGGGUUCAAGUUGAGGAUGAUGCAGACUCCUCGAGUGAUUCAUGUGAGUGUGUGCGGGAUGGGGAUUUGGGAAUGGAAGUGGAGACUCCAGUUAUUCCACCACCUCAGUUGCCUUCAUCGUCAGCGAGUAUAGGUGUGCCAGACGAGUAUGUCUCACAUCUCUUUUCAGUGUACACGUUUUUGAGGUCAUUUAAUAUCCGUCUUUUCUUGAGCCCAUUCACACUGGAUGAUUUAGUGGGGGCGGUAAAUUGCCCUGCUCAGAACACGUUGUUGGAUGCCAUUCAUGUUGCUUUGAUGCGGGCAUUGAGACGUCAUCUUGAAGCACUCUCUUCAGAUGGUUCUGAGCUUGCAUCGAAAUGCUUGAGGAGCGUGGAUUGGCGCUUUCUUGAUUCACUUACUUGGACUGUUUAUUUGGUCCAUUAUUUUACAAUAAUGGGAUAUGUGAAGGGAUCUGAGUGGAAAGGAUUUUAUGAUAAUCUUUGGAAAAGAGAGUAUUAUUCCUUGCCAGUGGGUAGGAAGCUGAUGAUUCUGCAAAUCCUAUGUGAUGAUGUUUUGGACUCAGCAGAUGUAAGAGCUGAAGUUGAUGUACGUGAAGAGUCAGAAUUUGGUAUAGAUCCAGAUACUGUUACAACCAAUCUUCCUGAUAAUGGACAUGGACCAAGAAGGGUUCAUCCCAGAUAUUCCAAGACUUCAGCUUGCAAGGAUAGGGAGGCCAUGAAUAUCAUUGCUGAAAGCCAAGGCAGCAAGUCUUUCAGUAAUUCAAUGUACCUGGCCUCCAAAGGUGCUGAAAGGGAUGGGAAUGUAUCUGAUGCUGAUGUAGAUGGGAAUGGGGAUGAAUGCCGCCUUUGUGGCUUGGAUGGAACCUUACUUUGCUGUGAUGGGUGCCCUUCAUCAUAUCAUUCAAGAUGUAUAGGCGUUGUCAAAAUGUAUAUACCUGAAGGUCCAUGGUAUUGUCCGGAGUGCACCAUCAACAAGUUGGGACCUACUAUUACAAUGGGAACAUCACUUAGAGGAGCAGAAGUAUUUGGAAUUGAUUUGUAUGAGCAAGUCUUCUUGGGUACUUGUGAUCACUUACUUGUGCUGAAAGCGUCUACAAGUGGAGAACCGUGUUUCAGAUACUACAAUCAGAUGGACAUCCAAAAGGUCCUGCAAGCACUUUCCGAAUCCAUGCAACAUAGAUCACUAUACUUAGAGAUUUGCAAGGCAAUUGCACAACACUGGAACAUGCCACAAAGUGCAUUCUCACUGUUGGAAACAACAGGAAGAGGUUUCGAUAUUGCAUCUGUUGAGGAAGAUGCAAAACUUUCUGCUCUAUCUCUUCCUCGUGAGGAAAGCCGUAAAGUUGUAGACAAUGUUGUGGCUGAGAAUGCAGUUAGUGUAAAUGGAAGCAAUACAGAUAUUGUAGCAAUUCCAAGUCUUGAAACCUCUCUUGAUGCAGUAAUUCAAGCUGGUCCUCAGUACAUUGUGAGCGAUGGUGAUGUGUCGAGAACAGGAUAUUUCCAUCUUAUGAGAAUGAAGCCGCAUGAGCAGAUUAAACUGGAGUCUACUGAAUCAGUUAACCAGUUAGCUGAUCCAUCUGAUAUAACCCAGCAAAGCCUGGUUCACAGAUCAAGUGCAAUGGAACUUGCCACUUGCACAUCAGCAAACAGUGUUGGCAGUCGUAUUGAGAAUGGAAAUGGUACUUGUUUACCAGCUUCUGUGUUUUCUCAAAACAAGGAAGGGAAUCAUCAAGGCAUUCAAAGGGUUCGAAAUUCAACAAACAAUUGUUCUUAUGUGGGAACUUUUUUCAAACCACAUGCAUACAUAAAUCACUACAUGCAUGGAGAUUUUGCAGCCUCCGCUGCUGUUAAUCUCAAUGUUCUUUCAUCUGAGGAAAGCCGCACAGAGACUCAUAAAUCAGGCAAUGGAAGGAAAGUUGUUACUGACAUUUUAUUGCAAGCAAAAGCUUUUUCAACAGCAGCCUCUCGUUUUUUCUGGCCAAGUUCUGAAAGAAAGCUUGUGGAAGUGCCAAGAGAGAGGUGUGGUUGGUGUUAUUCUUGCAAGCUGCCCUCCAGCAAUCGAAGGGGAUGCAUGUUAAACUCAGCUGCCUUGACUGCUACUAAAGGUGCCUUGAAGGUGAUCAGUGGACUUCGCCCAAUUUUGAAUGGAGAGGGAAGUCUUUCUAGCAUAUCAACGUACAUUCUAUACAUGGGGGAGGUUUUAUGUGGUCUUACAACUGGUCCCUUUCUGAGUGCAAGUCACCGAAAACUGUGGCGUAGACAAGUAGAAGAUGCUUCAACUUAUAGCGCAAUAAAACAGCCAUUGCUUGAACUUGAGGAAAACACCCGUCUUGUUGCUCUUUCUGGGGACUGGGUCAAGGCAAUGGACGAUUGGUUGGUUGAAUCUCCAAUGACCCAAAGUUCUGCAAUCAGUAUUGGAACUGCUCACCGACGAAGAGUGAAUGGGAAACGACAUAAGAAACAUUCUGGGGUGACUGAUACUACAGCAGAUGGUUGCCAUGACAAAAGUUUUGUCUGGUGGCGAGGAGGGAAGCUAUUAAAACUUGUUUUUAAUAAAGCAAUCUUGCCUCAGUCAAUGGUUAGAAGGGCAGCUAGGCAAGGUGGCUCGAGAAAGAUUUCUGGGAUCCAUUACACUGAUGAUUUGGAGAUUCCUAAUAGAAGCAGACAGUUGGUUUGGAGAGCUGCAGUUGAAAGGAGUAAUAAUGCAUCACAACUUGCACUUCAGGUCAGAUACCUAGACUUUCAUGUUAGAUGGAGUGAUCUUGUUCGUCCAGAGCAGAACCUCCAGGAUGGAAAAGGUUCGGAGACCGAGUCAUCUGUUUUUAGAAAUGCUGUCAUCUGUGAUAAGAAAAUUGAAGAAAAGAAGACUAGGUAUGGAAUUGCUUUUGGGAACCAAAAGCAUCUUCCUUCCCGCAUCAUGAAGAAUAUAAUUGAAAUCGAGCAAAGUGAAAAUGGAAAGGAUAAGUAUUGGUUUUCUGAAAUGCACGUUCCUUUAUAUUUGAUCAAAGAGUUUGAAGAAAGCUUAGAUGAAGUCGUUCCACCUUCAGCCAAGAAGCCUUCAAAUGAGUUAUCUGUGUUGCAAAGAAGACAAUUGAAAGAUUCUCGCAGGGAUAUAUUUUCAUAUCUUGCCUCUAAGAGAGAUAAGUUGGACAGUUGCUCUUGUGCUUCAUGUCAAUAUGAUGUUUUAAUUAGGGAUACGGUCACGUGCAGUUCUUGCCAAGGUUACUGUCAUCAAGCCUGUACUGUAAGUUCAAGAAUUUAUACAAACGAGGAAGCUCAGUUUUCAAUCAUUUGCAAGCGAUGCUACAGUGCCAGAGCUGUUAUUUAUGAUGAAAAGAGGAAUGAAUCUCUAACCAGCCCCUUGCCCUUGCAAUGGCAAGAACAUCAUAAUGCAGUGACAGUCAUGAAAAGCACCAGGAUUAAACUUCAUAAUCAACCAUUUAUGUCUGUCAGAACCCAGGAGAGUUGUUCUGAAGUGAAACAAGCUACCUCUACUUCUAGUAAGGCUACAAAAACCAAAAGUAGGACCCAGGUUAGUGGCUCUGAAGUGAAACAAGCUAUUUCCUCAUCUAGGAAGGCAACAAAAACUGAAAGUAGAUCACGUAAUUGGGGCAUCAUAUGGAGGAAGAAGAACAACGAGGAUACAGGCAUUGAUUUCAGAUAUAAAAACAUUCUAUCAAGGGGCAGUCCAAAUGGAAAACGGUUAAUGCCAGAGUGUAAUCUAUGCAGAAAGGAAUAUAACUGUGAUCUGAUGUAUAUCCACUGCGAGACUUGUGCAAAUUGGUUUCAUGCCGAAGCUGUUGAACUUGAAGAGUCAAAACUCUCUGAUGUUAUAGGCUUCAAGUGUUGCAAAUGUCGGAGGAUAAAAUCACCAAAUUGUCCUUACAGGGAUGGUUAUGGAGAUGAGAAGCCAGAGGUUCUGACGCCGCGAAAGAGAGCAUGGGAGCAAGGAAUAGGAGCUGACUCUGGAACUAUUGUUGAAUCCAGAGACUGUGAGCCAACUACUCCAAUGUUUCCUGUGGAGAAUGUUUACGUACAGGAUGAUGAUCCUCUUCUUUUCUCCCUUUCAAGAGUUGAGCAAAUUACAGAGCAGAAUUCUAGAGUGGAUUUUGAACGGAACAUUGCUGGACAAGGGCCGCAGAAGCUUCCAGUCAGAAGACAAGGGAAGCGUCAAGGAGAUGCUGAAGAUAUUUCUGUGUCUAAUCUUUACCCUACUGAUUCAUCCAUGUUUCUUGAAACAAACAACAACGUGAACAAAGAGAUGUCUUGUGCUGAAUGGGAUGUUUCCGGCAAUGGCCUUGACAGUGAUAUGGUGUUUGAUUAUGAAGAUGUAAACUAUGAGGAUAUGGCGUUUGAGCCACAGACAUAUUUCUCGUUUACGGAGUUGCUGGCAACUGAUGAUGGUAGCCAAUUGGAUGGGUUUGAUGCCACUGGGAAUGUUUUGGGAAACAAUGAAAAUCAGUUUCAUGCAGCUUCAGAGGACGAGUUCCAGAAGCAACAUACACUUGGUACUUCAUGCGACAUGUCUUUGGAAUCUGCUCCUAACACAAAGCCAUGUAAGAUGUGUUUGGACUCGGUACCAUCUCCUGAUCUUUCUUGUGAUGUAUGUGGCUUAAUGUUACACCGCUAUUGUUCUCCUUGGGUGGAGUCUUCACCUGUUGAAGGCAGCAGCAGCUGGAGGUGUGGCAAUUGCCGAAAGUGGCGGUAGCUGGCUUUUGUUUCAUGAAGUUUUGUUUUUUGUUAUGCGGGGAUUCUUCAGUGUUCUGUUGGAUGGGGUUGUAAAUUGAACCGCAGUUGAAAAAUCUCCCAUGAAGCAGGCUUGCCCUGAGGUUGUGCACUAUUAAGUAAAGAUGAUGAUGAACCAGUUUAUGCUUCAUCAUUGUCAAAGCCAGGGAAGGUUUUGUAAAAUGCCAUGGUGAUAUCCCUUUCUAGCAAUGGAUGUUUUGGCACUUGGCACACAUGAUGCGUCAUUGCAAGUUCCCUCCCAUUUAAUCAUUCGGGUUCGGAAGCUUAGAAAAUCACAUAUAUAUUUUUUUAUUUUUCAAGAAUUAGCUGGGGUAAUUUGCUAAUGUAGGGCUCUCCAUUUGGCACUCUUAAAAUCAUACUUGCGGAGUGAAUUACUUCACAAGCUUAAAAUAUUUUCCCAGAUUAGAGGAGAUAAGCAAGCCUUUUUUCUUGUGCUUAUCCGAUUGCAUUGCUUGUAUAAAUCAAAGUUCAACCACAAGUUUUCUUGA